AUGGUGCUGUACACUAGGGUUUGGAUUCCUGACCCUGAUGAAGUUUGGAGAUCGGCAGAAAUUAUCAAGGACUACAAAGAGGGAGAUAAAAGCCUCCAUCUGAAACUUGAAGAUGAAACUCUCUAUGAAUAUCCUAUUGACCUCCAAGGAAAUGAGCUGCCUUUCCUGCGCAAUCCGGAUAUCCUGGUGGGAGAGAAUGACCUGACAGCCCUGAGCUACCUGCACGAGCCCGCGGUCCUCCACAACCUCAAAGUCAGGUUCCUCGAGUCCAACCACAUCUACACGUACUGUGGUAUUGUACUUGUUGCCAUCAAUCCAUAUGAGCAGCUGCCAAUCUAUGAACAAGAUGUCAUCUACGCGUACAGUGGCCAAAAUAUGGGGGAUAUGGAUCCCCACAUCUUUGCAGUGGCAGAGGAAGCCUAUAAGCAGAUGGCCAGGGAUGAGAAGAACCAGUCCAUCAUCGUGAGCGGGGAGUCGGGUGCUGGAAAGACGGUCUCCGCCAAAUAUGCCAUGCGCUUCUUUGCAACCGUUGGUGGUUCUGCCAGUGAGACCAACAUUGAAGCCAAAGUCCUUGCGUCAAGCCCGAUUAUGGAGGCAAUCGGAAAUGCCAAAACAACAAGGAACGACAACAGCAGUCGCUUUGGGAAAUACAUUCAGAUUGGCUUUGAUAAAAGAUACCACAUUAUUGGUGCCAACAUGAGGACAUAUUUGUUGGAAAAAUCACGAGUUGUAUUCCAGGCAGAGGAUGAGCGCAACUACCACAUCUUCUAUCAGCUUUGUGCCUCAGCAAGUCUUCCAGAAUUCAAAGACCUUGGACUAACAUGCGCCGAAGACUUUUUCUACACUUCUCAGGGAGGUGACACGUCUAUUGAUGGCGUGGAUGACGCUGAUGACUUUGAGAAAACCAGGCACGCCUUCACCCUGCUUGGAGUGAAGGAGUCUCAUCAGACGACCAUUUUUAGGAUAAUUGCUGCCAUUCUGCACCUAGGGAACUUGGAAAUCCAAGGGGAACGAGAUGGCGAUGCCUGUAGCGUAUCGAGCGAGGACGAGCACUUGAACAACUUCUGCGGCUUGCUGGGUGUGGAGCACAGCCAGAUGCAGCACUGGCUUUGCCAUCGCAAGCUCGUCACCAUGGCCGAGACCUAUGUGAAGAACAUGUCCGUGCAGCAAGUAGUGAAUGCCAGGAACGCCCUGGCCAAGCACAUCUACGCCCAGCUCUUCAACUGGAUCGUGCAGCACAUCAACAAGGCCCUGCACACCACCGUGAAGCAGCACUCCUUCAUUGGUGUGCUCGAUAUCUACGGGUUUGAAACUUUUGAAGUGAAUAGCUUUGAACAGUUUUGUAUCAACUAUGCCAACGAAAAGCUCCAGCAGCAGUUCAACUCGCACGUGUUUAAGCUGGAACAAGAAGAGUACAUGAAGGAGGGAAUCCCUUGGACUCUCAUAGACUUCUAUGAUAACCAGCCCUGCAUAGACCUUAUAGAGGCAAAGCUUGGUAUCUUGGACCUACUGGAUGAAGAAUGCAAGGUUCCCAAAGGCACCGACCAGAACUGGGCGCAGAAGCUGUAUGACCGGCACGCCAGCAGCCAGCACUUCCAGAAGCCCCGCAUGUCCAACACCUCCUUCAUUGUCCUGCAUUUUGCCGAUAAGGUGGAGUACCAGAGUGAGGGUUUUCUGGAGAAGAACCGGGACACCGUGUACGAGGAACAGAUCAAUAUCCUGAAAGCCAGCAAGUAUCAAAUGGUAGCAGACUUAUUUCAAGAUGAGAAGGAUGCUGCACCCGCCACUUCCAUGGCAAAGGGAACAUCCAAGAUCAGCGUCCGUUCUGCCAGACCAGUAAUCAAAGCUGCCAAUAAGGAACACAAGAAAACAGUGGGGCACCAGUUCCGCAACUCGCUGCAUUUGCUCAUGGAGACUCUGGAUGCCACCACUCCACACUACGUGCGUUGCAUCAAGCCAAACGACGAGAAGCUCCCCUUUAAAUUUGAUCCGAAGAGAGCGGUGCAGCAGCUGAGAGCUUGUGGAGUGCUGGAGACCAUCCGCAUAAGUGCAGCUGGCUUCCCAUCCAGAUGGUCCUACCACGACUUUUUCAAUAGGUAUCGUGUUCUUAUGAAAAAGAGAGACCUCUCUAAGAAUGACAAGAAGCAGAUCUGUCAGACCCUGUUGGAAGACCUCAUUAAGGAUCCAGACAAGUUCCAGUUUGGACGUACCAAGAUCUUUUUCCGUGCAGGCCAGGUGGCAUAUCUGGAGAAACUGCGAGCAGAUAAAUUCAGAGCUGCCACAAUCAUAAUUCAGAAGACGGUGCGGGGCUGGCUGCAGAGGGUCAAGUACAAAAGGCUGAGAAAAGCUGCUAUCGUCAUCCAGCGCUACACGCGUGGGCACCUGGCACGGAGACUUGCUGAGUACCUGAGGAGGACGAGAGCUGCCAUCGUCAUCCAGAAGCAGUACCGAAUGCUGCGGAUCCUCCGAGCUUUCCAGAGGGUCCGCAACGCAACCAUCACCAUUCAAGCUUUUGCUCGGGGCAUGUUUGUCAGGAGGAUUUAUCACAAGAUCCUUGCAGAGCACAAAGCCACCAUCCUCCAGAAGUACGCCCGUGGCUGGCUGGCCCGCACUCGCUUCCGCCGGGUCAGGGGUGCCACCAUCAUCCUGCAGUGCUACUACCGGCGCAUGAAGGCCAGGCAGCAGCUGAAGGCACUGAAGAUUGAGGCCCGCUCGGCACAGCACCUGAAGAAGCUCAACAUUGGCAUGGAGAACAAGGUGGUCCAGCUUCAAAGGAAGAUCGAUGAACAGAACAAGGAAUACAAACUUCUGAAUGAGCAGCUGUCUACGCUCACAUCUGCCCACUCCUCCGAGGUGGAAAAGCUGAAGAAAGAACUGAUGCAAUAUCAGCAGAGCCACGAGGGUGACGGCAACCAACUUGUCAGCUUGAAAGAAGAGAUGGAGCACCUCCAUCUGGAGCUUGAAAAAGCUCAUGGUGAGAGGAAGGUUGUGGAAGACAGCUACAUUAAGGAGAAAGACCUACUGAGAAAGCGCAUAUCUGACUUGGAAGAAGAAAACGCUCUCCUGAAGCAGGAGAAAGAGGAGCUUAACAGCAGGAUCCUCUGUCAAUCUGAAGAUGAAUUUGCACGAAACACGGUUGAGGAAAAUAUACAGAUGAAGAAAGAGCUGGAAGAAGAGAGGUCUCGUUACCAGAACCUGGUAAAAGAGUAUUCGAGGCUGGAGCAGAGAUAUGACAACUUGCGGGAUGAAAUGACUAUUAUAAAGCAAGCACCGGGGCACAGAAGGAACCCAUCCAACCAGAGCAGUUUGGAGUCCGAUUCCAAUUACCCAUCCGUAUCGACCUCUGAGAUAGGAGACACCGAGGAUGUAAUCCAACAAGUGGAGGAGGUUGGGAUGGAGAAAGCUGCCAUGGACAUGACCCUCUUCCUAAAGCUACAGAAAAGAGUGAGGGAGCUCGAGCAAGAGAGGAAGAAGCUGCAAACCCAGCUGGAGAAAAAGGAGCAAGAGAGCAAAAAACCCCAGGUAAUUGAAAUGAAGACCGAAGUGACUUCGGACCAUGAAGACUUCGCAUACAACAGUCUGAAGAGGCAAGAGCUGGAGUCAGAGAACAAGAAGCUGAAAAAUGAACUUAAUGAGCUGAGGAAGGCUAUCGCAGACCGAGCAACCCAGAACAACUCCUCCAACGAUAUUCAGGACAGUUACAACCUCUUACUGAAUCAGCUGAAAGCGGCCAACGAGGAGUUGGAAGUGCGGAAGGAAGAGGUGCUCAUCCUGAGGACGCAGAUUAUGAAGGCAGCCCAGCAAAAAGAGGCAGGCAAAAACAUGGUAAUUGAGAGGGAAAACACCAAUGCCAGCUGGCCAAACAGUGACAAGCACAUUGAUCAGGAGGACGCCAUUGAAGCCUACCAGGGGAUGUGCGAGACAAACCGCAAGACUGAGGACUGGGGGUAUCUCAAUGAAGAUGGAGAGCUCGGCUUGGCUUAUCAAGGUUUAAAGCAAGUUGCCAGGUUACUGGAAGCACAGCUCCAGGAUCAGAGAAGAGAGCAUGAGGAGGAGGUAGAAGCUCUGAAAAACGAGGUGGAUGCAAUGAAAGAAGAGAUGGAGAAACAGCAGCAGGCUUUCCUGCAGACCCUGCAGCUAUCUCCGGAGGCCCAGGUGGAGUUCGGACUUCAGCAAGAAAUUACACGUCUCACCAACGAAAAUCUGGAUCUUAAAGAAUUGCUAGAGAAGUUGGAAAAGAAUGAAAAGAAGCUGAAAAAGCAGCUGAAGAUUUACAUGAAGAAGGUCCAAGAUUUUGAAGCAUCCCAAGCCAUGGUACCAGCGGAGAGGAGGCGGCACGAGCGUAACAUGCAAGUUGCUGUCCAGAGAAAGGAGAAAGAUUUUCAGGGCAUGUUGGAAUAUUAUAAAGAAGAUGAGCCACUCCUCAUCCGAAACCUCAUUACAGAUCUCAAGCCCCAGGCAGUGUCUGCUACUGUUCCCUGCCUUCCCGCCUACAUCCUCUACAUGUGCAUCAGACAUGCGGAUUACAUCAACGAUGACCAGAAAGUGCACUCCUUGCUCACCUCCACCAUCAACGGCGUUAAGAAAGUGCUGAAGAAACACAAUGAUGAUUUUCAGAUGACAUCGUUUUGGCUGGCGAAUACCUGUCGCCUCCUACACUGUUUAAAGCAGUACAGUGGAGAUGCGGGCUUCAUGACACAAAACACGCCUAAGCAGAACGAGCACUGUCUGAAGAACUUUGACCUGACCGAGUACCGCCAGGUGCUGAGCCACCUCUCCAUCCAGAUCUACCAGCAGCUCAUUAAGAUAGCAGAGGGCAUACUCCAACCCAUGAUCGUGUCUGCGGUACUGGAAAAUGAGAGUAUCCAGGGGCUUUCUGGUGUCAGGCCGAUGGGCUACAGGAAUCGUUCCUCCAGCAUGGCAGACGGCGACAGCUCCUACAGCUUAGACGCAAUCAUUCGCCAGCUGAACACGUUCCACAGCAUCAUGUGUGACCAGGGUCUGGACCCAGAGAUCGUGCAGCAGGUCUUCAAGCAGCUCUUCUACAUGAUCAACGCGGUCGCCCUGAACAACCUCCUGCUGAGGAAGGAUGUCUGCUCCUGGAGCACGGGCAUGCAGCUAAGGUUUAACAUAAGCCAGCUGGAGGAAUGGCUGCGUGGGAAGAAUCUGCAGCAGAGUGGAGCGGCACAAACUCUGGAGCCUUUGAUUCAGGCAGCACAGCUUCUGCAGCUGAAAAAGAAAACCUCGGAAGAUGCCGAGGCCAUCUGCUCCUUGUGCACAUCGCUCACGACGCAGCAGAUUGUAAAGAUACUUAAUCUCUACACUCCUGUGAAUGAGUUUGAAGAACGUGUGACAGUCGCUUUCAUACGAGACAUACAGACGCACUUGCAAGAGCGAAAUGACCCUCCGCAGCUGCUGUUAGACUUCAAGCACAUGUUCCCAGUUUUGUUUCCGUUCAACCCAUCCUCCAUAACCAUGGACUCGAUUCAUCUCCCUGCUUCUCUCAACUUGGAAUUUCUCAAUAAAGUCUGA